AUGCAUCUUCUUGCUCCAGCAUUCAAGUUCCAUUUCAAGGGAGGACGACAUACCAUCAUACUUUCUGUUUUGUCGAGCCCUGCUUUGGUCUCUGGUUUGAUGGUUGUACGUGCUAAAAAUCCGGUACAUUCUGUUUUGUUUCCCAUCCUAGUCUUUUGCGACACUUCUGGUUUACUUAUUUUUUUAGGUCUUGACUUCUCCACUAUGAUCUCCCCAGUAGUUCAUAUAGGAGCUAUUGUCAUUUCAUUCCUAUUCGUGGUUAUGAUGUUCAAUAUUCAAAUAGCGGAGAUUCACGAAGAAGUAUUGCGCUAUUUACCAGUGACUGGUAUUAUUGGACUGAUCUUUUGGUGGGAAAUGUUCUUCAUUUUAGAUAAUGAAACCAUUCCAUUACUACCAACCCACAGAAAUACGACCUCUCUGAGAUAUACGGUUUAUGCCGGAAAGGUACGAAGUUGGACUAAUUUGGAAACAUUGGGCAAUUUGCUUUAUACCUACUAUUCCGUCUGGUUUUUGGUUUCUAGUCUGAUUUUAUUAGUAGCUAUGAUUGGGGCUAUAGUACUUACUAUGCAUAGGACUACAAGGGUGAAAAGACAGGAUGUAUUCCGACGAAAUGCCUUGGAUUCUAGGAGGAAUAUAAUGAACAGGAAUAUUUCUCCUUUUGGCCAUAGCCAUAGAAGAAGCUUCUCCUCCAAAGCGGAGGGAGGGGAAUCUCAGGAUUCCUAUAACCCUGCUUAUAUAGAUUUUUUAAGACAACAUUUAGGGUUUUUCCCGGGUUUGGUACAAAAUCUGGAUAAACUCCUUUCGAUUCUUAAAAUGGAGGAAAUUCUCUUUCUGGCUUUCCGCUUCCCGCGGGAUGCGAACAUAUUUAAAUUGCCCCUAAAGAAGAUCAAAGAUAUGAUUCAAGAAGCAAUGGCUAAAGAGGAGGAAAAUAGAGAAAAGCCUCCGGUGGAAGGUUGUGAAGACCGUCGUAUGACGGAGGAGGAAAGGACAAAAUUGCUUGAAGCAUUUUCUUUCCUAUGGGAUAAAAAAUGA